AUGGACCACCAGGUAUUUUAGCUUUAUAUCACUUUCAUAAUUAAAUAUUCACGCCUGAAUGCAAAACUACUUGUUAUUUGUCAGUGGAGCUUUUCUAUCAUGACAAACUGCCGCUAGUCUUAAUUUAAAGGGAUAUUCCGGCGUAAAAUUAGUUUAGGGUCAAACACACCGCAACACUGAGUUAGACACUCCGUCGAGAGAUGAUUGUUGCCGACCGCUCGCUUCUUUAGUUAGACCAACUUUAGUAACAACAGCAGGAUAGCAAUACACAGCGGUCUGAGAAGCCACACACAAACCUCAACCAAAACGCCACUCUGUAGCCACAAAUAAUGCUCAGAACAGCACCUAACUUCAUCAACAGUACAUACAGGGUCCCAGCCAUAGUACUAGCCAUCAAACAUCAUUUUAACUUUGCUUAAUUUAUUUAGCAAGGAGACUAAACACAACUCACCCACUCUCUUUCAGCAGCCGCUUGUUUGUAGCGAGACCUCGGAACAGUCCAUUAUCGACUGAGGCGGGGGGAUGCAGCUCAAGGAAGAACAUUUAUGAUCAUUACUUUAUCAUUUUCUUGAAGUAAUAUUAAUCACCAUAUUAAUCAUUUUGCACCGCGGACACAGUAGUUGUUCUGCCUUAGCGUCUCGGCCUGAUUGCAUUUCCAUGAAGAAAUUAUCAUAAAUGUUCUUCCUUGAGCUGCGUCACCCCGCAGCAGUCCAUGAUGGACAAACAGUGCAGUGUGACUAGCUAAUUAGGCCUAUAACAAGACGUAUAAGUCAAAGUCCACUUAAAAAAAGUGAAAUAUGCCUUAAAACCAUGAAUUAAAAAUUCUGACAAACACAUGGAACCAUGUUAGAAAUUAUUAAAACUUUUUUUGCAACACUAGUUCAAGUCAAGCAUCAAAAUAAGUAAAAACAUCGUAUGCAUGUAUGUGGCUUUUUCUUUGCUCACAACUGUAAAGAUUUAUAUAAUGUAUAACUUAUGGAUAAAAAGUUAGUCACAUGAUGAGGAUCAUAGAUUAUAACUCCAGUCUUUAUUCAAACAUAGUCUUUGCUCUUGGAUGUGAAUACCCUUCUUGUUAUUUUUCUGCCCUUUUGUACAAUACUUUACUUUCUUGUCUGUGCCUCUUUCAGUACAAAGUUCAGUUGAAUCUGGAGUUGGGCCACAGAGCCAAACCAAGGCUGAGAGAGUCAUCAGAAGAUUUCACCCAUGACUGGACUGUUUUUGUCAGAGGACCACAGAAUGGUAACAUGAAGAGCUUGGUCGAGAAAGUUGUCUUCAACCUGCACGAAAGCUAUCCCAAACCAAAAAGAGGUGGGACAACCAUGCUGGUCUUUUGUGCAGCUCUUUAUCAAGUUCAUUUCAUCAAUUAUAUUUAUAUACAGAACACAUUUGUUGGUAUAGGAAAAAGAAAGAGAAGACUGACCAGCAAUCUGUGUCCUUCACCAUUAAACCUGGUCUUCAAUCAUAUCAAUUUCACUGUAAAAUCAUCCAAUACUCCCACUCUGAGUGUCUGUGUCUGUCUGCAGUGUUCCGGGAGCCCCCAUAA